UUUACAGAAAAACUGUGACCCGCUUCGAAAGCCCAUAUUGAUUAGGGUUUUAGACACUCCAUAUAAAUGCUGCAUCCUUCAUUUUCAUUCACCCUUUGCACAAAACUACAAUCAGCGGCAAUCGGUGUUUGUAAAAAAUGGUUAACGCGAAGUUUCACCAGUACCAAGUUGUCGGAAGGGCUCUUCCCACCGAAAAGGAUGAACAUCCUAAGAUUUAUCGUAUGAAGCUUUGGGCAACCAAUGAGGUUCGUGCCAAAUCCAAAUUCUGGUAUUUCUUGAGGAAGUUGAAGAAGGUUAAGAAAAGCAAUGGCCAAGUUUUGGCUAUUAAUGAGAUCUUUGAGAAAAAUCCUACCAAGAUUAAAAACUAUGGAAUUUGGUUGCGUUAUCAGAGUCGUACUGGUUAUCACAAUAUGUACAAGGAAUACCGUGAUACUACUCUAAACGGCGCUGUGGAGACAAUGUACAACGAGAUGGCAUCUCGUCAUAGGGUCAGGUUUCCCUGCAUUCAAAUCAUUAAGACUGCCACCAUCCCGGCUAAUCUGUGCAAAAGGGAGAGCACUAAGCAGUUUCACAAUUCCAAAAUCAAGUUCCCUCUGGUGUACAAGAAGAUUAGGCCACCAACUAGGAGCCUAAAAACAACCUACAAAGCCAAGAAGCCCAACCUGUUUAUGUGAUUCAGUGAAUCACAUUUCGCUUCUCAUAUUGGGAGUUGCUUGAUUGAUCAGUUAGCACAUUAAGAGCUUUCUGAAGAUAAUCUUGUUUUAAGAAACUUCAUUAUCAGCAAGACAAUUGUGUUUUUCCUAGUUUGUUACUUACCGAGAAUUUUGUUUUAUCUUUUUGUUAUGCAGUUAUUUAUUUUUCUCUUUAUGAUGUACUGGUACAAGCUUGAUUUUGAAUCUAGCGAUCACUUUAUUUCGAAGGAGGGUUUAUAAUUUUCUA